CUGAGCGGCGCAUGCUCAUAAGGCUUGCACCGCCUCCUUACGCUUUCGACCAAUCCGAACCCCGCCUCUGCACUCAGGCCGCGAUCAUUCGUGCUGACAGCCAAUGGUCAGGGAAUAUGGAAGCUCCGCCCACAAGCCGUUGUGUGUUUGCUUUUCCGCCUGGCACUGCGCUGCUGGGAGUGGUGGUGUCCAGGCGCAGACAUGGAGCACGCUGCGGCGCCCCGGCCGCCCGGAGGAGGCACGGAAAGCCCAACAGUGCCAGCGGCUGCGGGCCAGGGAGGCUGAUGAAUUCAUCCGAGCAAAUGCUUCCAACAAGCUGACGGUCAUAGCUGAGCAAAUCCAGCAUUUGCAAGAACAAGCUAGGAAGGUACUGGAAGAAGCUCGUAGAGAUGCCGACUUGCACCACGUACCUUGUAAUAUGGUGAAAAAACCUGGCAACAUUUACUAUCUUUAUAGACGGGAGAGUGGUCAGCAGUACUUUUCUAUUAUUUCUCCAGAGGAAUGGGGAACAAGUUGUCCACAUGACUUCCUUGGUGCCUACAAGCUACAGCAUGACUUGUCCUGGACCCCAUAUGAGGACAUUGAGAAGAGAGAUGCUAACAUCAGCAUUAUGGACAAGCUCCUAAGCCAGCCAAUGUCCCUGCCCCCGUGCACUGAGCCCACCUUGCAGGGACUGACUCACUGAGCAUGGACUCUGACCAGCAGCCCUCAUGACAUGGCCUGACUGCCACCUCCUUGUUGCCUCCAUUCUCCACUUGAUGGGUCGGUCUUGAGAACUGAGGACAUGCUGGUGAAUCAGAACUUCUUGGGAGGAAACUGUUGAAUAUAAAUGCUGUUGGUUUUUUUGCUCUCAGUUGGGGUGGUAGGAAAUCUUGCACUCCCUUGGGGAUCAUCUUGGGGGCACAGGUGCCCAGCCAGUCAAUUUCAGAGGAUUGGCUAGUACUUUCAACAUGCCCACCUGUUCUUCCCUUAAGCCAAAGCAUGAGAGAGAAAAUUCCCUUUUCCAUAGAAAGAUGGUAGCUCAUUUUCCAGAAGGAACAGUCUUGUCUUUUAUUUCAGGAUGGGGUUGAAGUUGUCUUAUAGGUGGUACCAUGCCAACUUCAGAUUCAUCCAGAAACCCCAAUGUUGGCUAAUGGAGAAUGAUUUUAAAAAAGACCAACUUGGUGUGGCUGGGUAAGAGUGUGAUCCCUGAGUGUCUAUACCACUGGGGAGGGUUGCCUUUGUGCCCUUUCUGUCCAGUGAGAGUCUAGAGGGUCUGAAGCCAGGUUUGGAGCAUCACCUUGAAACUCAGGUUUAAGAAUUGGAAGAAGAAUGGGCUGGAGAGAUGGCUUAGCGGUUAAGCGCUUGCCUGUGAAGCCUAAGGACCCCAGUUCGAGGCUCGGUUCUCCAGGUCCCAUGUUAGCCAGAUGCACGAGGGGGCGCACGCGUCU